AGCUAUUUCCGACCAGAGACCAGUCUCUUCGUCAGCAUGACUACUCAUCAGUCUCUCAUGUUUUGUUGUUUUUAUCUUUGAAAUGUCACCCUUAGAAAAACUUUUUUAUGUAUUGGUUUUACUUGUGUGUUUUUUCUCGAUUUGUACGUCUGAAUCAGAUUGGAGAGCACAUACUCGGAAGUACGGAGAAGCAUGUGUCAAUCAUGAUGAAUGCAUUGACUUCCGCAUGAUCUGCCCACAACCUGAGGCUACGUGUCAAUGUGAUCAAUUCCACGACUGGAUCGAGUUAGAUGCUUACACCUCUGAAUGUGUGCUCAAUGAAACAAGACUGCGAACGUUUUUGGCAAAGCAAGAGGAAACCAAACAUGAAGAUGAGUUGUCCGAAGAGGCUCACAACUUAUUCCUCUACCUUGGACUGUCUGGAAUCGUAGCAAUCUCGUUCGGAAUCCUGCUGACCCUCGCCUGUGUUAUAUUUGUAUUCACGUAACGAUGUUCAAUUUUAUAUGUGGAAAUAUAACUUUUUUUGCCUUCA